UUUUUGAAUUUCAAAAGAAUUUUUUUUUAAAUUUGGAAGGAGAAAAUUCUGAUUUUUGGUUUUUGCCGUUGAAUUUUUAAGUAAUUUUCAAGUGCUAAUAUUAAUUUUUUAACUAAAUAUUGUAAUAGCCGUAAAUUUGAAGAUUUUCAAUAUUUCUCAUUAUAAAAACGAAGGUCACCUUUUUUGAAUUGAUCAAAAAUUGUUAAAAAUGGCGCUAUCUGUAGUAGAAUCGAACAAUAUGGGAAAUAAAGAUUUACAAUUAAUUGAGGAAAAUAUUCCUCUUCACAAUGAUUGUGCAACAAAUUUACAGUCAACUGGUGAUAGUUCAACUCUCAAACAUCCACUUGAAAAUACAUGGACAUUAUGGUAUUUAGAAAAUGAUCGUACAAAAUCAUGGGAGGAACUCCAAAAUGAAAUUACAAGUUUUGAUACAGUCGAAGAUUUUUGGAGUUUAUGUAAUCAUAUUAAGUCUGCAUCGGAAAUCAAAAUUGGUAGUGAUUAUUCGUUAUUUAAAAAAGGUAUACGUCCAAUGUGGGAAGAUAAUGCUAAUAAAAAAGGUGGACGUUGGGUAAUUACAUUAGAGAGAAAACAACAUAAAAUUUUGGACAAUAUUUGGUUAGAUGUAUUACUUAGUUUAAUUGGUGAGGCUUUUGAUAAUUCAACUGAAAUUUGUGGUGCUGUUCUUAAUGUUCGAUCAAAAUUCGACAAAAUAUCAGUAUGGACUGCUAAUGGUAAAAAUGAAGAAGGAAUAAUGGAAAUUGGUAGAAAAUUAAAAGAAAAUCUUCAUCUUGAUUCUUAUGGUAUUAUAAUACAAUAUGAAUUGCAUAAGGAUACAAUGGUCAAAUCAGGAGCUGGUAUCAAAUCUAUUUAUUCAAUUUAAAUAAUCUUGUUAUUUUUGUUAAAAAUUUUUGCUCAUUUGUGAUUGAAUUGUACCUAUGUACCUACUUACCCAGGG